AUGGGGGAAGAGCUGGCAAGGAGCGCUGCGGCGCGCAUCGAGGAUCUAGAGCGGCCACAGCUUGACGACAGGUCAUACAGGGUCAUCACACUGCAGAAUCAGCUCGAGGUCCUGCUGAUACAUGAGGCGGGCACAGACAAGGCUAGCGCUGCACUGGACGUGAACGUGGGAAGCUUCAACGAUGCCGACGAUAUGCCGGGCAUUGCGCAUGCCGUUGAGCACCUGCUGUUCAUGGGAACCGAAAAGUACCCGGAAGAGAACGCAUACAACAAAUACUUGACGACACACGGCGGCCACUCAAACGCCUUCACCGCCUCCACAUCGACCAACUACUACUUCGAGCUAUCGUACCCGUCCUCGUCGCCGUCGAAUAGCAAGGCAGCUACACCAAGCGCCUCGACCGUGAACUUGUCUGCAUCCAAGGAGAAGGACAACUCGCCCCUGUGGGGAGCUCUCGAUCGCUUUGGGCAGUUCUUCAUCGCCCCACUCUUUCUCGAGGACACUCUAGAUCGCGAGAUCAAGGCUGUUGACUCAGAGAACAAGAAGAACCUCCAGAGCGACCAAUGGCGGCUCCAUCAGCUCAACAAGGCUCUAGCCAACCCGAACCAUCCAUACUGCCACUUCUCGACAGGAAGCUGGAAGACCCUACACGACGACCCGAUUGCGCGCGGCGUGAAGAUCAGAGACGAGUUUAUCAAGUUCCACUCCACAAACUACUCCGCAAACCGGAUGAAGCUUGUGGUCCUGGGCCGCGAGAGCCUGGACACGCUAGAAGAGUGGGUUGAGGAGAUAUUUAAAAAGGUACCUAACAAGGACCUAAGCAGGAGAAGUUGGGACAUCCCCGUGUACACCGAAAACGAGCUCUUGACCCAAACAUUUGCCAAGCCUGUGCUGGAGUCGAGGUCUCUGGAAAUUCAGUUCGCCUACCGUGACGAGGAGGAUCUCUACGAGUCGCAACCGUCCAGAUAUCUGAGCCAUCUAAUAGGCCACGAGGGUCCCGGCAGUAUUCUGGCGCACAUCAAGGCCAAGGGAUGGGCGAACGGUCUUGGUGCUGGUGGUUCCACGCUUUGCCCUGGUUCCGGUUUGUUCAGCAUCAGCGUCAAACUCACCGAAGAAGGGCUGAAGAACUACAAAGAGGUCGCCAAGAUUGUCUUCCAGUACAUUGGUAUGAUGCGCGAGAAGGAGCCACAAAAGUGGAUAGUUGACGAGCAAAUGCGAAUCAGCGAGGUCGAGUUCCGUUUUAAGCAGAAGAGUCCGCCCAGCCGUACAGCAAGCUCUCUGGCCGGCAUCAUGCAAAAGCCUUAUGAUCGCAAGAUGCUUCUGAGCGGACCGGCAGUCAUUCGGAAGUUUGAUUCUCAACGCAUCAACGAGGCCUUGUCUUAUCUGCGGCCCGAUAACUUCAGGAUGACUAUAGUCAGCCAGGAUUUCCCAGGAGGCUGGGAUAGGAAAGAGAAGUGGUACGGCACAGAGCACAAGGUCGAGAAGCUUUCAGAAGAUUUCCUCGCCGAGAUCAAGGCAGCUUUCGAGAGCAAAGAGCGCUCAGCCGAACUACACUUCCCUCACAAGAACGAGUUCAUUCCAAGUAGGUUGGACGUCGAGAAGAAAGAAAUCACACAGCCGUCAAAGGAACCAAAGCUGAUCAGGCACGACGACAAUGUACGGAUAUGGUGGAAGAAGGACGAUCAGUUCUGGGUUCCAAAAGCCAACGUCCACAUCUACCUCCGCACGCCAAUCACAAAUGUCACGCCUCGCGUUGCGCUCAUGUCCACGCUGUAUCGCGAGCUUGUCACGGAUGCUUUGGUUGAAUACUCGUACGAUGCCGACAUCUCCGGACUAGUGUAUGACUUUACCAACCAUGCCAAUGGCAUCUCAGUCACCGUCAGUGGUUAUAAUGAUAAGCUGCAUGUGCUGCUAGAGAAGGUUCUGACUUCACUACGCGACCUUGAAAUCAAACAAGACCGCUUUGACAUAAUCCGUGAGCGCAUAACGCGAUCUUUGCGCAAUUGGGACUAUGGACAGCCUUUCCACCAAGUCGGCACCUAUUCUCGUGCUUUCAAGAACGAGAAGAGCUGGAUGAACGAAGAUCUCGCGAAGGAGCUGGAUAGUGUGACGGCUGAGGACGUGCGACAGUUCUACCCCCAGAUCCUAGCGCAGGGUCUGAUCGAGGUUCUCGCCCACGGAAACCUUUACAAAGAAGAAGCAUUGAAGUUCACCGAUCUCGUGGAACGAACACUCCGGCCGAAGAAGCUUGCUGCAAACCAGAUUCCUAUCCGUCGCAAUCUCAUGUGGCCGACGGGCUGCAACUUUAUCUAUGAGAAGCAGCUGAAGGAUCCAGCGAACGUCAAUCACUGCAUUGAGUACAGCUUGUAUGCUGGCGACGACCGAGAAAACAACACCCGCGCAAAGCUCAUGCUUCUCACCCAGAUGACGGACGAGCCGUGCUUCAACCAGCUGCGCACAAUCGAGCAGCUUGGAUAUGUCGUGUUCUCUGGUCAGAGCUUUGCAGAUACCUGGGCCGGUUACAGGAUCCUCAUCCAGAGUGAGAAGGACUGCCGAUAUCUCGAGGGCCGAAUCGAGAACUUCCUCAACACGUUCGAGAAGGCUCUUCAAGAGAUGAGCGAGUCAGACUUUGAGGAUCACAAGCGAGCGAUGAUUACGAAGCGUUUGACAAAGCUAAAGAAUCUGUCUCAAGAGGACAUGAGGUUCUGGAAUCACAUCUACAGUGAUGCGUAUGACUUUUUGCUAGCCGACACUGAUGCUGAAAAUCUUGACAAGAUCACGAAGAAGGACAUGGUCGACUUUUACGCACAAUACAUCUCGCCCUCGUCAUCCAAGCGCUCCAAGCUCUCUGUGCAUCUCCAAGCACAGUCCAAGCCCAAAGAGCCCACUCUGGACGAGAAGAAGAAAUCGGCCCUCGCAGCCGUCCAAGUCAUCCUCACCGAGCACAAGAUCGAGCACAAGGCCGAAGACCUGCAAGCUGUCGUCAACAAUGCACCAACCGCAGAGUCCCUCCCCGACACAUUCUCCAGCUACUUCCUCGAGGCGUUGAAGAUUACGCCAGAUGUCGCCAGCAAGGUGCUUGACGAGACAAAGGCGGCAUUAGGCGUCGCAGACACUGGUCUACCCGCUGAGCCAGCCAUUCUUGGUGAUAGCGCGGAUGCGAAGAGCGUGUCUGAUGCGUCGCACCCGGUCAUUAUCAAGGACAUUCACGCGUUCAAGGCGAACAUGCAGGUGAGCGCGGGGAUCAGGCCGGUGAAGAACUUGGAAGAGUUUAUGGAGGUUUCGGAGAAAUUGUGAGGUUAGAUGGGGCUGAAGGCUAUCAAGGCAAUGAUAAACGAAUGGUUGCUUCGGCAUAUGAAUCAAGGAUACAGGUAGAUGGGAGCGGAUGCAUGCAUGGGGUAGUAGACAAAAGGCGGUGGCAGUUUGAUUGUGUGUCGUGCUUUGCGGUCGUCGUGUCUUUUGUGGUUGUGUUCAUGCACAAUUCAUUCUACGUCGUAGUCGUUAGGGAGCAACUUAUGUCUAUAAUGUGCCAAGUUGGGAUGGGGCAAGAUUGCCUGUUGUGACCAGCGACGAGAAAGAAAUGCACGAACAUUGAUCUC